AUGUAUUCAGAGCGGCCUUAGCACCAACCAGCGUGUGUGUGUGUGUGUAUAUGUUUCAGGUCGCUCUGGGCACGAACCCCAUCUGUGUGGCGGCCCCGAGCCAGCAAGAAGGUGAUGACUUCCUCCUGGAUAUGGCCACUUGUGUGAUGGGCAUACGCAAGGUGGGUACUGUACUUCUAGUGGCGUGCAAUCUGAGCGAAUCCGUUAGAAAUGAAAAGCUAGCUGCUGCACCGUACUAUAUCGAGAUGGAGCGACGCAAAGGUUUGGAUAUACCUGAAGGCUGGGCAGUGGACAGUGAGGGCCUCCCUACUACGGACGCUACCAAGGCCCUCAAGGGUUCUAUGCUGCCCUUAGGGGGAACUGAGGAACUAGCCAGCUACAGGGGGUUUGGCCUCGGGAUGAUGGUAGAGGUCUUCUGUGGAAUACUGUCAGGCUCGCUUUACGGCCCCCACAUACGCAACUACGCCAGGCACGAGACAACAGGGCCAACAGACCUCGGCCAGUGUUUCGUGGCGCUCGACCCGGGAUUCUUUGAGCCUGGGUUCACCUCGCGUCUCACGGACCUCAUGAACCAUUACCGAAGCCUCGAACCUGUGAAUGAAAAUAAUAAUUAUAACAGUUGAGAUGACGUAACAAAAGUG